AAUAAUUUUAACCGGAAGUAAAAUUAUUCAUGCUGAAAAUUUUGACAACAGCAAAUGGCAAUGUUGACAUACAGAAGCUUGUGAAAUCAUGGUACGAAAGUUGGUAAAAGAAUUAUGGCGAUAACGAUAUGGAGACUUUGUGGCCGAGCUCCAAAUAGUCGCCAACUGUUAGUGACAGCCUGUUUCCUCUUCUUAUUCUGGUGUUUAUCCUUAUACAGAGUAACAACCAUCAACCAAUCAAGAGAGAGUGAUUUACUUAAGGCUGAAAUCAUUCGACUAAGCGAGAAUUAUGUGCGAGCACUCGCCAGGGAGAACUCUGACAUCGUAGAUGGUCCGUAUGCUGGCAGAUUUACAGCUUAUGAUUUGAAGAAGACUAUAGCUGUAUUACUGGAAAGCAUGUUGGACAGAAUAGAUCAGCUAGAAGCUAAAGUUAACAUCACAAGAUUAGGGGGAUUGUUUGGCUUGUCAUCAAAUUUAUCACAACAUCUAAAUAGUAAUGUCAAUCCAGCUAAAGGCAUAAUCAACGCAGAAGAUGUAAUUAAUGGUGUCACAGAAGAAUGCGCCUUAACCGCUGAAGAUAAACAGCUCUUUCCUAACUGUGAGGGCAAAGUCAUGUGGAUGAGACAGAUGUGGAAGUCAGAUCCAUGUUAUGGGGCCUAUGGCGUGGACGGCUCAGAAUGCUCAUUUGUUAUGUACCUAAGUGAAGUUGAAGGAUGGUGUCCCAAGAAAGCAUGGAGAGGGAAAGUACAGAUUAUACCAGAAGAUACAAAAUUGAUAAGAUAUGCAAAUAUAAGUACAGAUAUAGAAGAAUUAAUGAAAGUAUUAGUAGAUCCCAAUGAAAGACAGGGAUAUGCUUGGAUAAGAAUGAGGAUAAGAAGAAUGUGGCCUAGGUUUAGUAAAGCCAUGAAAAGUCUCCAAUUAAAACAAGAUAUGAAUGGCAGAAGGAAGAAAAAGAUCUUGGUACAUUUAGGACUUUUAUCUAAACAGUCAGGAUGGAAAUUUGCGGAAAGCCAGUUUAAAGGUGGACCUUUAGGAGAACUUGUACAGUGGAGUGAUCUCGUAGCGACAUUGUUUUUAUUGGGGCAUCAAUUAACGAUAACCAGUGAAGCAGAACAAUUAGCAGGGAUUUUAAACAAACUCCCAGCUGCCAAUUCUCCUUGCCAGAGUAGAAAAGAGUUACCUGUUGAUAUUAUAUAUACUGACAUAGUUGGUCUGCGACAGUUUAAAAAGCAUGUCAAAGGUGGCUAUGGUAAAUUUAGUAAGAUACAGAACAGUUGUUUACUAAGAAUAGUGGACUCUUUUGGAACAGAGCCAGCAUAUAACUUGAGGUCAUGGGCCAAGGCACAUAAGAUUCUUACAACAUGGGGAGGACAAGAUCUACAGCCUCAGCAAUUUUUUACUAUGUUUCCUCAUAGUCCGGAUAAUUCUUUUAUGGGAUUUGUAGUGGAACAACAUUUAAAUGAUACCAAUGUUGUAAAGAUUGAACGGAGAAACCAAGCAUUAGUUUAUGGGAAAAAUGAAUAUAUGUGGGAGGGUAAAGCAGCAUACUUGGAGGUCAUUAAAUCAUUGGUAGAAAUACAUGGGACAGUAUAUAUAGAUACAGAAGCUAAAAAUAAAACUCAUACCAUUCCAUCUUAUGUAAAUAAUCACGGUUUAUUAAAUGGAGAAGAUCUACACACAUUACUACGCCAAUCAAAAAUAUUUAUAGGACUGGGAUUUCCCUAUGAAGGACCAGCCCCUCUAGAAGCCAUAGCAAAUGGUGCCGUAUUUAUAAAUCCUAAAUUUAACCCACCUCAUAGUAGUAAAAAUACCAAAUUUUUUAAAGGAAAACCCACAGAAAGGAAGUUGACAAGUCAACAUCCAUAUGCAGAACAGUUUCUAGGUGAACCAUAUGUAUAUACUAUAGAUAUCAAAAAUAUACAGCAAGUUAAAGAUACAGUGGCAAGAAUAUUGCAUAGAAAUGAGUUCCAUCCUUACAUGCCAUACGAGUAUACUGAGGAAGGUAUGUUACAGAGAAUGAAUGCUUAUAUAGAACAUCAAAACUUCUGUCAGUUUCAAAAACAACCAGCAAAGUGGCCUCCAAAUAGUGCUGUAAAGUUUAUCCUUGGUGAAAAAGGAGUGUCAUGUAAAGAUGCCUGCUGGGCUAAAAAUUUAAUCUGUGAUCCUAGUCACUUCCGAGAUAUAAACUCAAAAGAAUCGUUGCUUGAAAACGGAGCAACAUGUGCUCAAAGUAAAGAAAUUACCGGUAUACUUUAUCCAUCAUUUAAUACAGUGACUAACGAGUGUGAAAUUCAGAAGGAAGAAUUUUUAUUUAGUUGUGUUGGGGAACACUUAGAAUUACAGAGACUUUGUCCUUGUCGGAACUAUAUCAAAGUUCAAACAGCAUUGUGUCAAGGUUGUGAAGUAUGAUGUUGCCAUGGUUACAGAUAGAAUGACAUUUUGUGAUAUUGUACUUUUGUUUCAUAGUUCGGGUCUGAAACUUUUUUUUUCGUUUAGAAAUUUUGAUUAAUUAUUUUCUCUAUGAGAUUUUGAAAUUAAGUGUGUUUUGAAAAUCAAAUCAUCUCAUUUGUGGUGAGGUGUGUGUUACCAAUUUGUUAAAAAUUUAGAUCAUGGUAGAAUUAUUGUAGUUAUUGUAGGAUUAUUCCAUUAGAUAGGAUGUGGUUGGGUAGGAAGGGACUUCAAAAAUCACCUAUCUAUCAACAUAAUUUCUUCUGAUAAUUUAACUUAUAUCAUUUGGACUUGCAACCAUAAAUGACCCAUGACCCAUGCCAAAAAUUCCUUUUCUACCCUCCCAUUAUAUUUGUAGUUUGUCUAGCAGAUAUGUUAUCUGUUUUUAAGGAUAAUAGUAGUAACACUUAGAAAUUUGCAUUUAAAAAUACCAUUUCUUAUAUCUGACUUUCAACUUUUGGAAUUUAUGUUUUUUCGACAAGUUUACCUUUUCUGUAGAUAUCUUGGACUCCGUCAUGUAAGAUCAACUUAUAGAAGUAAAAACAAACUUACAAUUGGUACAAUUUAGGGGAAACUGUUAUAAAUUAUCUGAAGAACAGUCAACCGCCCACCAAAUUGCACCCAUUAUAUGUUGGUUUUAUUCCUUUUGGUGGCUCUUACUUGACUGAGUACUAGGAAGUCCUACCCGUAGAGAAGGUAACCUCUCGAAAGAUUAUAUAUUCUGGAAUAUAAGGCUUUAUUUGAAAAUGGUCAAUUGUAUUGUAUCAGAAAUGGUGCUUAUGUUUAUAACGUUAAUGUCUGUUAGAGUGCAAUAUAUCUUGUAAAUUGUGAAAAAAAUAUCAAAAUUUAAAGUAAAUCUUUUAAAUAUACAAUGCAGAUUUUUGGGGAAAAUAUUGGGAAAAAUACCCCAAAACAGUUUUCAUUUGCAACAAAAUAAAGCAUUCAUUGUUUCAAUUUAUAAGCUACAGCACUAUAAAUUUAAUUGGUGCCAUUGCCUUUUACUGUUCAUUGCUAAUAACCUCACUCCAUUGGUCAAAUUUCCUUUGUGUUUGCCAAGCAAAAAGGUUUUGGUGUAUGCUUUUAAAAAUAUUACCCAGAAUGCAUUAGAUUCUGAACAGACAAAUUAAAAUCUAACAAUCAAGAGAAGUUUUAAGUUUAUAGAAAUGAUAAACGUAGCAUUUGAUUAUAACAUCCUAAAUUAAAUGCUUGUCCGAGAGCUACUUAAAAGUAAAUGCUUUAUAAAAUAUAUAUAAUUAUAUAAAUAACUUUGGUGCCAUGCAUGGCAAUGCCAAUGAUGAUGUAAUUAUUUCUGUAAUAUUUAAUAUGUCUAAAACUAUUUAUUAAAAAAUCAUUAAUUUUAUGAAGUGUAUUAUAAAUGCAUAAUUAGUCUUUGUGUAGAUCUCAUUUAUUUUUAACCAAAUUGAAACUUUGAGAAAAAUUAGCAAUGUUACUUACAUUGCAUAUAUAUGUAUGUAUGUGAUUAUUCAAUAUGAAUUAAUAUAUAGCUUGAUUUAUUACAUUUUGUAAAGAUAUUAGCUGUGUCAAAUAAAAAUCGACCUGAUGCAAAUGAAAAAUCAAAACUUAUCUUCAGUUUAAAAAUCUCUAUGCAAAGUCUGUAACUGGUUUAAAAUAGAGUUGAUAUAAGAAGGUCCGAGAACACAAUUAAUUCGUAGUGCAUUUCUUUUAGAACAUAAAUGAAAAUUAAAAAAAUCCCACCUGCGCUUUCUCAAUGAAACUUUUACAGUGUGUUGUACUACUUUUGGGACAAAUUAUAUCAAAAUUAUAGAAAACUUCAUCGCCUCUAACUCAAAAUAUGGACAAUUUUGUGUUUAGGGUGUCUUGAAAUCUUUUGACAGCUUCCGAAGUGCUAAUUUUUAACCUUUUUCAGCUGGACCAAAUCACUACUUUCCUGUAAAAUUCUGGACCCAAAUUUUUACAGUGUAAUUUCACCCCCCUACUUACAAUUUGAGGCAUUAAACUCGGAGAAAUAAAUUUGGAAUGGGUAUAAAAAUUAUUGGCAAGUAACCCACUGUUAACACUAGGGACUAUAUUCGUGAACAACGAAAAAUCAAGGGACGACAAUUGUGGUCUCGGACCAGAACCCUACAAAAAAGACCCAAAUUCAUAUUUUAUUUUGUAUUUGAAUGUUCCAAAAUCAAUCAAAGUUUUUAUACAUGUACAUGUAUAUGUGCUUUUUGCAUACCCAUAAGGUCACUUUCUAUCUGACAUAGCUCAUUUAAAAAUCAAUUUUAAGAUUUUAGCAAUUUGUAUGUUACUAUGCUUAAUUAUAGAGAUGCCAAUUUUAAAAAAAAAUACGCAGUCAGCCUUCCAAGCCUUGAGCUUGAAAAAAGGGUUAGCAGUUUAAUAGUAUUUGAAAUGUUUAUUUCUGUGAAGGUUGUAAAUCAUAUGCAUUGGGAAAUGGUUUAUAUGAAAGUGUCUUCAAUUAAUAUUUUUCAAAUUUAAUAUUUUCUUCAUAAUUGUACAUUUUAAAGCUUCACACUUACAGUUUACGAUCAUCUCUGGCGGAUUCAGAAAUUCUCAUAAUUGGGGGCCCAUUGACUGCCUAAGAAGGGGCUCACUUCAGUCAUGCUUCAGUGAUUCCUAUAUAAUCAACCUUUUUUCCCAGAAAAGGGGGGGGGGACUGGUCCCCCUGAAAACCCCUCUUAAUCCGCCUCUGAUCAUAUCAGUAGAAGAGGUUAAAAACAUGCAUAUAAAUUUGUUGUCAAUUCAUUUUCAUGUCAUGAAUCAUGAGGUCUCCAAUGGAGAAUUAGAUGUACUUAGUAAAAACUAGUAAUGACUACCUCUCUGCAAACCCAGUAGCCAGUGUCCUUUUAAUUUCAUGUUUUAACCUUUGCUAUUUUGAUUUUUGAACUGUCAUAUGAAUUAUUGUGGAAAGAAUCAGAUAUCAAAAGUAUUUCAGGCUUAGGCAUUUGACAUGUGUUUUGGGUUGAAAUUUUGAUAGAAAAGAAAAAACCAUUGCAUUUUAUUUUUUUUGACAUAAUUUUAUUUUCAUUACACUGUAGACUUAAAAAUAUGGUAAAUAUGUAUAAAAAAAGAUAUAGCUUUUUGAAUGUGUGUUGUUCCCGGUAAUUGUAUAUUUAAUUUAUUGUAAACUAUUCCAAAUGUCAAAUAAUUCAUUUUAUAAUAUUUUAUAUCAACAUUUUUAUUCAAAACAUGUAUCUUUCAGUUUGUUGAAUCCUUCCAUCAAUUAAUCAAAAUCUUCAUUUGCAUGAUAAAGUAAGAUAACUGUAAUCCAAUUGCAAUUUUAGGAUAAUUUCUUGAUUUCAUAACCAAUUCAACUGACUCAGUUUUUAGUGAAAAAGAGAAUAGGUAUAUGUCUUUUUUUUUGUCAGAAUUUUUUUCAAGAGCUGUUAUUGAAUUUUUAACAGAGAGGGGAGGGAUGCCUUCUAGCAAUUUUACUACCAUGCUGACAAAUUGUUAGCAAGCAGUGUUUAAUUCUCCAUAUUCCUAUCUGUAACAAAGCUGCCUUUAUGAAUUCUGAGAUGUUUUAAUAUGUGAUUUCUUUAAUAUUAAACCAAAAUCACACCUUUUUGUUUAAUUUGAUUUUAAUCUGACAUCAAAUCUUUUAACUCUUUCAAACAUAGCUUUACUUAGAUGUUUUUGCUUUAAUAAAAAAUUUUGUAACAAUUCUUAAAAACAGAGGUUUGGUUGGAUUUUCAGUGAAUUAGAAAGUUUAUUAAUUGUUCAACCAGACAUGAAAUAGAAUUUGUUCUUUUGUGUCAAUAACUUCACUUAAUAAAUUGGCUUUAAUUGUUUUAAGACAUUGAACAUUUUUCUACCCUUCGAAUUAAUCUAUACAUAACCUAUCUAUGUUUUCUCCUUAUUUGGUCUCUUCCUGAAUGAGCAUGAAAUAUCUGAUACUUUAUAUUGUGGGUCUCAUUGGGGUAUAAAUAAGCAUGAUGCGGGAUUGCCUAUUUUUUGUAAACAGGACACGUGAAAGUCAAAUUAUUGUGUCGUGAAAACGGGAAAUAAGGUCUUGCAGGACCCGGGAUAUGACAAAAAAAAUGAGAAUUGCUUAUGUACAUAGUGUAAGCAGUAUAAGUGAAUCUGACAUUACAGUAAGCGGGAUCUGGGAUUGGAACCCCCAAUGAGACCCCCUUGGACAUCACACCUGUUUGUAUUAUGUGUAGUUGACAAGUCAACAUCCAUAUGCAGAGCAGUUUCUAGGUGAACCAUAUGUAUAUACUAUAGAUAUCAAAAAUAUACAGCAAGUUAAACAUAUUUAGCAAUUAACAAUUGAUAAAUCAAAAUGACAUUUUAGAAAGAAAACAACAGUAAAUGAUACCCCUGGAAAAGAGGAAACAAAUACAUUGUCAACUAUGGCCUUUCGCAUUUAUUAAUGUUAAUCAUGUAACACAGGCAGCACCAUAUGUACUGUGCAUUCAUUUAUUAUCAUUUGGUACAAUAUUUAUAGACUAGAGAAAAUGCUUUAUAGAGAUAACCUUUUUACCUGCUUUAAAUCCUGAUGUUUGGUGUUCUCUGCUACCUCCAACAAUAAAAUAUGGCUGCCAUGAUAUAAUUAGGAGCGCUGAUAGUGGCUUUACACAUGCACAGCUUAAUUUUAGCUUCACAUAUACCUUCAAAAUAUACGUAAAUGAGUACUGAAAGAAUCUAAAUGAAUCCACAGUAUUUCUAUUACGAUAAAAUUGGGUCAUAUUUACCUCACUUAUAUUAGUGUUCCAUUGUAUAUAUAUGUUGCAGUCAAGUGUGUAUGAUAAAAUUGCCUCAAUCUAAAUCAUGUGGUGUAGAUUGGAUAGUUUUUUCUAUGAUAUCAUAUCUUUUAUUAUUUAGGAUAAGUUGGCCCCAUAUCUUUGAUAUGUUAUAGUUUAAAAAUAGAUCUUUUGAAUUUCUUCAGUUGUGCAUUGACUGGUGAAACAAGGAACUUUAUCUGAUUUUCGCGUUCAUUUAUAUUUAGGAGUGUUGCAUAAGAUUUCAAGCAAAGGCUAACAUAUUACCUCAACAGAUGUACAAUUAUUAACCAAAUAUAUUUGUCUUUUCCAUAUUAGUAGCGCCUAGUCUGUAAAUAUAAGAGAGAACACUCAAUGACUGGAAAUUCAGAAUGUUUUGCCAUUCUUUCAAUAUUGAGAAAAUUGCCACUUGACUUGGAUUUGCAAAAAAUAAAAAAAUAAUUACUAAAACCAACAAAAAAAAUACCUAAUAAAAAAUUGCAGUUUUGAACUUUUGAUAAUAGUAUGCAUUAUUUUCUGAAAUUGCACUUAUUAACAUAACAUCCAUGAUUUUUUUUAAAAUCAUAAUAAUAAAUGCGAGCAAAAUUUGUGAACUUGCAGUUAGUUAUGUCAGCAAUGAGAGAGACCGUUUUCAAGUUUUCAAGUUUCAAAGUUUUAUUAUCCUCAGACACAACAGUGUACAAGAGGUCAAUAUACAUUCAUAUAUAAAUAGACGAUAUAUCUAUACUAGAUAUAUCAUGUGACCUUAGCUAGAAUGAAAGGUCAUAACUUAAAGUCUUGUUGAUAACUGCAUUUUUAUAUAGAGAACACUAUCAUGCUUAAUAUUUGUAUUUUUGCAAUAACAUAUUGUUAUUUUUCAUAUAAAUUAGACAAAUAGUUCAAAUUGGAAUCCAUUAUAUUAACUUAUACAAUUACUUUGGAAAGGUCCUUACUAAAAAUGUGUUGAACAAAAUAAUUAUCCCUAAGCAGUUUAAAGCUUAUGUAUGGGUUAUUUAUUUAUUGAUUUAAAAUUUUGAAAAAAUGAGUGAGGGUUGAGAUCUCAUAAAAAAAUGUUUUAUCCACCUCAUUUAAAUUUGUAUGUCCGAAGUCAGUAAAUGUUUUUUUCUGGUUUAAUGUUAUUUAUUAUUAUGAGAAUCGGCAGAUGUUAAACUUAACUCAUUGCUCAGAGUACAGGAAUCUGUGUUGGAAAUACUAAAUCCAGUAUUGAUUGGUUGAAGUCUUGAGUAUAAUAAACUUAACUUGCUGCUCUAAUAUUCUGUGCUGGAAACGCCAAAUCCAGUCUUUUGAUUGGUUGAAGUCUUGAGUAUAAUAAACUUAACUCCAUGCUCUGAUAUUCUGUGCUGGAAACACCAAAUCCAGUAUUUUGAUUGGUUGAAUUCAGAGUCUGAGUACGUUAAUCUUUAAUCGUCCCUUUUAACUUUUUUAGAAUUUUAUCUUUUAUAAACUCUGGACCACUAGAAGCUUGACAUGUUUUAUAGAAACCUGUGUAUUGUAUGUUGCCUCCUAGAUGGUUAGUUUUGUCAUUGAGUAACUGAUUUAAAUUGAUGUACAUCCCUUAUGCUGUGGAUUCUUUAUUAAUCAUUGGAUACAAAUUUUAGUGGAUUUUGUGGGUAAAGUUGAACAACAAAUUUAAAUGUUCAAUGAGUUACAAAUGUAAGUUUUACUCAAUUCACACAGAUUUGUUCCAAAUAAAUGAAUCCACAGUAUUCAUAUUUGAAUUUAAACUAAUAUUAUUCUUGAUUCAACAAAACUACGCAAGAUUUUGAAUUAUUGACAAAUUAGAUGGUGCUUAGUUGCUAUACACUGAUGAAUCAGAAAAUCAAAUUUUAAUUAAAAUUGUACUUAUUUAGUGUUUUUAGGGGUUAGCAUGUUUAGAUAUAUUUAGCAUUUAUUUGUCAUACAAUGCAUUUUAAGUCUAUUUUAAUCAUUAAAAAUGUGCAAUUCCUUUGAAAAAAUUGCUGUAUUGUUUUAGGGUAAAAGUUUAUAUAAAUACUGAGACAAUCUAAAUUUCUACUAGAGUACACCAUAUGAUCAGUGCCUUUUGUUUAAAAAUUUAUUCAAAACUUCUUUAAUCAAACAUUGUUCAGUGCCAUUUAAACUUUGAAAUUUUAUAACCAACAAGUAAUAGUUUUUCUUUUUAUGAUAUUUUCAAUUGCCAUAGAUAUGCUUUGCCUGCCAAGACUGAAUAAUUUCAAAGAUUUUAGCAAAUAUGGUGCAUUUUAAAAAUUAUGUCCAUAAUUGGAUAUCUUCUCAAAAGGGAUUUACAUUUUACACAUAAAAUAUACAUACAUGUAUACCACACUCUAAAACAUAUGAUUGCUGAAGUGUCGUAUUAUAUCUAAAAUAACGAUUUUUAGGAAUAACUAUUGCAGACUAAAAGUAAAUGUAAAGGAAACUAUAAAAAGAAUCACUGCAAUGACUUCAGUGGUGUAGAAAAUUUGGAUUAAUUGUAAACAAUGUCUGUAGUAAAGACAUCAAGAGCUCUGUAUCUUUGAAAAAGGUUGGAAGUACCUUUAUAAGGGGAAAUAACUCUACUAAACAGGUUUUACCAUAUUAAAAAAGAAAUCAAGCUAACAAAAAAAGUUAGCUAUGCAGUGCUUUGUGUGAACUUCCAUAAUUAAACCCUCUUAAUUUAUGUUGUGAAUUAUGUCCUUUUUGUCUCAUUGUUACUAUAAAUAGAAAUGAUGAAAUUGUUAUGAAAAUAUGUGAUAUAAUGUCUAUGUUUACAUGAAAUAUACAAAUAAAUGAUUUAACCUUUU